AUGAUCAUCGGCUUACUGGUAGUUUUUUUCUUGAUGAGAAAAUGCAACUGUGAUUUUAUCGAGGACAGAAUGAUGCGAAGAAACUCGUUUCAGUCGAAACUUGUUGGGUAUACUGUCAAUUUGACAUGUGAUUAUGUGAAAGAGAAAGUCGGGGAGAUUGAGAAGGGCUUUGAAAUUCAGUGGAUUCGGCCAGGCGAAAUUCGAUCGAUUGACGAUGCAGAUUCCGUUUUCUUCACUGUCAAUGCUUUUUCAUCCUCCCAACUUGACGACUUUUUCGACAAACACAACAUUUCGACCGAAAAAAAUUCAAACAUCAAGGGCUUGAUUUACAACACCUGUUUUUCCUGCUUCUCCGGAGCAACGGGAAAGUCCUUUGGGUCAACAAGAGAGCACUUUGAUUUCGGAGUCUAUCACACGCUCAAAGAAAUUCAAGACUGGUUAAAGACGCUGCCAGAACGAGUGGUAAAGACCUACGGCCAGAGCUAUGAAAAACGCCCGCUGCAGGUGAUCGACAUUGGCGAGGAAGAAGACCCAGCGAUUUUGAUCGAAUGCGGAAUUCACGCGAGAGAGUGGGUUUCCGUCGCCUUUUGCCCGUUUUUAAUCGAUCAGAUUUUGUCGAAAAAUUGGGAAAGGGAUGGAAUCAGAUUCAACCGAUUUUGGCGAAAAAAUCGUCGGAUUAUUCGCGACAGUCCUUGCCAUGGAGUCGAUCUCAAUCGAAACUUUGAUAUUGAAUGGGGAAAGCAUUCGACUUCUGAAAGUCCUUGUGGAGAAACCUUUGGUGGAAGCGCUCCUUUUUCCGAGCCAGAAAGCGCUGCUUUUCGCGAUUAUGCGAUGAAGAUCGAGACCAAAAUCGCCUUUGUCAGUUACCACGCCUAUUCCGAGUUCAUCAUCUACCCUUAUUCGGCGUCGAUUAAACGGAACUCUCCUUACAAAGAUGCCUUGAAAUCACUCGCUUUGAGAAUGAGCAAAGCUAUUUAUCAAGAACAUGGGAGGGAAUAUUCUUAUGGCGAAGGGGCAGUGGCGUUUUAUGCAGCUUCUGGGGGAUCUGAUGACUGGAUUCAUAAUCAAGGAGUGCCAAUUUCUUACACAAUCGAGCUCCGAGACAAAGGUCUCAAUGGAUUUCUCCUUCCUGAAAACGAGCUGAUCGAAACCUUCACCGAAAACAUGAAGGGUCUUCAAGAAAUCGUCAAUGAUGUCCGAAACAUUACUCGAUUUUCUCAAUUCUUCAAGGCAACAAAGACGCCUUUCACGAUUCCUGAAACGACACCUUUCUUUUUUGAAACGACGGAAAAGACCAUGUCGACUUUCGAAGCUGAUCAUCAUAGUACGCUCAACAACAGCAAAAACCUCCGCCUCGCGCAUGAAAUUCUCGAGCAAUACUCGCUCAUUUCCCCCGAAAAUUCUGGCUUUGCCACCCUUUCUGAAGAAGUUAUCGACAAUUUUGAAAAGUGGAGUCUCAAAUCAACCGAUUUUACGAAAGAAAAGCUCCGUAAUAUCGGGAAAAAUGUGCCCUUUGGCGAGUUUUUGGAAGAAAAUUAUUUUUUCAUCGUGAAAAAUGCGUACAAGCCAAGUUAUCUCCAAUCAAUGCUCCUCGAUUUCGUAGAAAAUCUUCACUCUGGGCUUGAUAACAUUUUCAUCCCGAUCAUCACCACCGAUUGGGUCGAAAUUCUUUACCAAGAAAAAACCGCCAAAAACUUCAAAUUUCAACUCACCAAAUUUUUAUCUCCUGCUGAAAAGGAACGCUUUCAACUUGCCUUGCAAAAAUCGUCGGAAGAAUUCGCAAGCGUCGUGUUUCUCCUUGAAGUUUCAGUCUUUCUCGAUUCAAGAGGUCAUCAACUGGAAGAAAAAUUUGUUGAAAAUCUUCGACCAGCGGCUAGAGCUGAUUUUGAUAUCGAAAAAUUGACGAUCGAGACAUUUUCUGCUGCAGUGAAGCAAAUCUACGGAAAAGAAACAGCCGCAAAAGCAAGAAAGCAAUACAACAAAUUUCUUAAAACUGCGGAAAAAGAGAUCGUCCACUGCUUCUUUUUCAAACCCAUCAACAAAAUAAUCCGAUCAGAGAAUGGCGAAAUCGAGUCUUCCCGCAUCGCCCUCGAUCUUGAACUCUCCUUCGCGAACCAGCAAAAAAUCAUCUCGAAAAAUGACGAUUCCGAAAAAUCCGUUAUUUCAGCAUGCUCUUUCAAAAAGCUUGACGGUUUUUCAAUCCAAACUUGGGGCAACGAGAAAAGCACAAACUCCCAGCUCUUUGAAAUCUCCCACACUUCUGGAAGCGAUCUUCUUUUCUGCGAAAACGGCUGCGACACCGAAUCCAGUACAAUUCUUUCUACUGGGCAGGCGAUCAAAAUCGUCAAAAACGACCCUGUUUCGACUACCGACCUCUUAAUUCCACCAAUGAUCUGCGACCAAGCCUGUUUGUUUUCCCUCGUCAGAAGAGAAUACACGCGAGAGCAUCUUUUCCAGCGAAUCAUUUAUCGUUUCCUCCUCGAUUCCGGCUUCCCGAACCCCAAAUCCAUCGACCUCUCUGUUUUCGAAAUCCGAUACUUUUUCAAAAUCCGAGCAAUUUUCCUCAAGGACCCAAGAAUCGCCCCAAUGACCGAGCAUCCGGAGUUUUCAACUAUGCUCAUUUUCACUUCCAUUUACUCGCGAAUGAAUGCCGAUCUCGAUUUUGACCAACUGAUGCGUUUUCUAUCCACAAUUCUGGGCAGCUUUUCUGGUCAAACGGCGGAUGACAUUACUUUUUCGAGAUACUUUGCUUCGAUGAUUGCAUUACAAAGAGAAGUGUCUUCAGAUAUCGUCGCUUUUAAAGCUGGGCUCGGCAACCUGUGUUGA